UCUAAUUUAAUAUAAGCAAUCCAAGUCCCUUAGUAUAGCAUCUAACCAAUCAUACAGUCCUAACUUGUAUCCGAUCAUGUAUGCCUGUAACGGAGCGGACAGUAAAUGAUGAGAAGGAGGCAGAAACUCUGCAUUUGAAACAUGCAAGAUCACCGCACGUCUUAUUCAGCUAUAACUACGUUGCUUUGAAAAUUGAAGCCAGUUAUCUCAUCUGUACUUGUCUAAUCCUCACUGCCUUCUCUUUACCAAGCUUUGUCUGUCUUUCCUGCUAAGCCCUGUUCGUCCUCGGUCUCAUUAUGGUUGCUCUAUUCUUCCUAUCUACAUUCGCUCUUUUCGCACCUUCUUUGGCAUUAACCUACUACAUGGAUACCUCAUGCAAUCCCUAUCCAGCCGUAGGCCGGGCCCUGCCAGAAGCUCUCACCAUGGCAAGACGCUCUAAUGCCCGUCUCGGAGCCAAUGAUCCAGACAUCCAAGUAGCCUUUCAACGCAUCUUCAAUACUGGCACGGACAAUGGCGCCGCCGUUGCCGAGGUCCGACGCAUCAUGGGUGGUAUUGCAGAUAUGACCGAGACCAACGACCGCGAAAGCUCUGGUGUGCGCAUCUACUGCAAUGAAGACAGGUGGUCCCUGCAAAAAGACCGCGAGAGGACCAACAAACUGAUUAAAAAAAAUUCGAGCCGAAAUCCCGGCGAUCAGAUCUGGAUCGACACCACGAACAACAUUCCUUAUGCUGGUCCGCCUGGUUGUAAAGUCCAAGAUAGGAUCGGUCAGGUCUUUCACUGGCCGCGACUACCACUGCAGGCCUCUCAUUCAACCAUGUCGCUCUGCAAGCCGUGGAUUGAGGAUCGUAUUGCAACGAUAAAAGAGCAGGGCAAGAGAGAUUUUUCCAGAUUACGGCUGACCGGGGCCGGAUUGUCACAGCUACUCAGUUUUAUUGUGUUGCAUGAAUUGACACAUGUUCCGCCAUUCCGUACCAAGGAUGUACAUCCUGCGUAUGAAUGGAAUAAUGUCGUUUCAAAGAGCACUGCUGAUGCAAUCAGGAAUGCGGAGAAUUAUGCAUUCUUUGGUCUGCUUGCUGUGCUUGGAGACGCGAAUUAUAAGCUUGAACAUACUAAGCCAGAACAGAACUGGUCCGGUUUGCUCAUCCAUACACCUACCAUCUGGCCUAGACAACUGUUCAAUAAUGUACGGUCUAUAAGCUGAUGCAAAGAUAGAAUUGUCAGAAUGCGUGACCUAAUAUGCUAGGGUCUUGUCGGUACUAUUGCUAGAAUGGUAGAUGUUUUUGGGAAAGUAUGAAUUCAACGCUCGCGUGAUGCGCCACCACUGUUUUCUGUUCGUACUUGACUUUGAUUG